AACGCCCAUGUAUGGUGUACCAAAGCAAGGAAGAGACGGGCGCAAGUGAAACCCGGGAAAUACAAGAGACAGCAAAGCGGGAUUUGGAAUGCAUCAUUCAUUCAUCGGCCGGCCAUGGUACCGGUGGCCAACGUGAAGCGCGCGUGCGUGCGUGCGUGCGUGCGUGUUGCUGCAGCGCUGAUCGCCCGCUACUGCUCUCUGCACAUGUCCAUCCAUCCCCGUCCAUUCUGUCUAUAUCCUGCGUCCUGAAACUCGCUCUCUCUCGCCCCUGUUUGGUCUUGUCCCGUCUCGUUUAUCGCACCACUUCUUUCUCCUCUUCUUUCGUUCCUCGCUUGUCUUCGUCCAUGUGUUUAAUAAUCCUUUCCCGCGGGCUUCCGUCCACAUCUCAGCCUCAUCUCAUGUCAUCAUCAUCAGCAUUUCAAUUCAAAAGUCCAGUUCCAGUUCCAAUUCAAUUCCAAUAAAAAACGCCUAUGCUAUGAUGCCCGAUCCAACAACAUAAAAACUCCCCCACUCCAUUCCAUUAUCCUCUGCUUCCCCUACAUCCGCCAGCGUCCAU